AUGGCGCAGCGCUUUCGGGAUGCAGUCAUCGGCUCCUUUGGCGAUCUCCACUGCUUGGCCGGAUUCAAGACACCUGCGUCGGCCGGAACUCCCUUCAGACUGGACGAAGGCUAUUCGGAAGAAACCAGGAGUCAGAGCGAGGGAGAGGCCGCUGCUAGGGCAGCGUCGGUGACUGCUGAGGAGAGCGAGCAACAUGUCGCGCUGUCGAGUCUGCCAGACUGGGUCCUGGCACUCACUGAGGAAGGCCGAAGUGAGUUUGCGUUCGCCAUCCUUAGAUCGCUGCGCACGUCAUCUAUCGCAGCCAUCGUCGAGAGGCUGAACUCGCGCCUGCACCUCGAUCCUGUGCUACACCUCCCGCCAGAGGUCACCUUUCAAAUCCUCUCCUACCUCGACCCGGAAACCGUACUCAGGGCCUCGACGCUCUCGAAGACAUGGCGCACGAGGGCUGUUGACAGCCAGCUCUGGAAGCUGCUCUUCCGCUACGAAGGCUGGGCGUCAACUCCCUGGAAAGUUCGCCAGUACGAAGAGGCGCAGAACAAACGGAAAGCCGAAGCGGCCGAGCGGAGGACGGAAGUUCUGGCCCGCCGGACUCGCGUACGGAGGGCGGAGUCCAGUGAAGAGCGACAUGCUUCGAAAAAGAGGGUAAGGGAGCAGCGGAUGAUGAAGGACGGUUCGCGGGACAGGCCUGUUCCCAUGAGUCUUGACGGGGCGACCGACGGCGCACAAGCCUGGGCCGAACAGCACGGUAUCAUCGAAGCGGAUGACAGUCCCAGCGAAGACAGGAUGCAGGACAUAUCGUACGAUCGAUUGCCGCAAACACGCACUGGGACAUCAGACUGGAACUUCUUUAGUAUAGCCGAUGGGCUCAUGGUGUCCUCGCCUACUUCAGAGUUGAAAAAUGCCUCCGCCAUAAGUUCACUACUGCCUCCCGCCAAACCUUCGCUCCUACUGGAUCAGGGUCUUGACGUUAGAGUGAAUUGGCAUUACCUUUACAAGCAAAAGAGGCGGCUAGAAGAGAACUGGAACGACUGUCGUUUCAAGAACUUCCAGUUACCGCACCCCGAUCACAAAGACGAAGCGCAUAGCGAAUGCGUGUACACGAUCCAGUACUCGGGUAAAUACUUAGUCAGCGGCAGCAGAGACAGGACGGUCCGAAUAUGGGACCUUGAUACUCAACGACUGACGGUACCGCCUCUAAGAGGACAUGGGGCCUCAGUGCUGUGCUUGCAGUUCGAUGAGCGGCCAGAGCAGGACAUUGUGGUAACCGCUGGUAGCGACUGCCACGUGAUAAUAUGGCGCUUCUCUGACGGACAGAUCAUCAAACGACUGGACAACGCACACUCGGAGUCUGUUCUCAAUCUUCGUUUCGACGACACAUUCCUCAUCACCUGCUCCAAAGACAAGACCAUCAAGGUUUGGAACCGCAAGGCGCUUCUUCCAACAGACGAUGCAUACCCCAGAGCCAGGAUAGCUUCCGCUAAGCUACCAUCAUAUAUUAUCGACAUAGAGAAGGUGUCGCCGACAGACCACAUAUAUUUCAAGCCGCUACCAGAGUACAUGCUCCUCAUGACGCUUGACGGACACAGCGCAGCUGUAAAUGCCAUUCAGAUUCUGGACGGGCAGAUCGUAUCUGCGUCCGGCGACCGCACCAUCAAGGUCUGGGAUGUUCGCACGGGCAGCUGUUUGAUGACCAUGCAGGGUCACACGAAGGGUAUCGCCUGUGUGCAAUUCGACGGCAAGCGGAUCGUCAGCGGCAGCAGCGAUGAGACUGUCCGGAUCUUCGAUCGCGCUACCGGGGCCGAAGUGGGUUGCCUCAAGGGCCAUUCCAAUCUCGUCCGGACGGUGCAGGCAUACUUCGGGGACCUAUCCGGCGCCGAAGUAGAACUCGAGACGCAAGCCCGGGAGAGCGAUCGCCGCUUCUGGAUGAAUGAUCUGGGAGUGGCAGCUAGACCGUCGCAACGACAGAAACGUGGAGAAAACGAUAUUCUCGCUUACGGCGCUAAGCUUCCCCCGGGUGGCGGCGGCAACCGCUGGAGUCGAAUCGUGUCAGGAUCUUACGACGAGACGGUCAUCAUCUGGAGGAAGACGCCGAACGGCGGAAAGUGGUUUCCGGCAAAGCGCCUCCGACAGAAUGAAGCGAGAGGACUCGCUGGAGGUCGCCCUCGGGCAGGUGCACCAGCUGCAGGCGCGCAAGUCCCCAACACCCAACAAGGGCACCAAGCCGUGAACGGCGCGCAAGCCGGCGGGCAGGCGAAUCCUCCCUCGGUGACUUUGGCGCAGAUGCUUCAGGCGCACGCGACUUCACUUCUCACACCUUCGAAUAUACUUCCCACACCUCUGCCCACGCCGACCGCACCUGGCACUCAACCCCUGCACCAGCAGAUAACAAACCAUGCCCAAGCUGCCGCCAUACAACAACAUCUCCCCGUCGUAAAUACCGCACAAGCAGGGCAACAGCAGCCCAAUGCCCCCCACGGCGCUGCGCACCAUCAUCACCACCAUCCUCACCAUCAUCACGCUGGCGCUAACAACGCCGGCGGCCAGGCUGGCGGCAAUAGCCCGAGAGUGUUUAAGCUGCAGUUCGAUGCCAGGCGGAUUGUGUGCUGUUCUACGGAUCCGGUCAUUGUGGGCUGGGAUUUUGCGAAUGGGGAUCCGGAAUUGGAGCUCGUGAGUCAGUUCUUUGGGGAGGGUUGA